AUGGCCUGGGUACAGCACCUCGAGUCGUACUUUCUGAGCCACCUGCGCCGCGCUGCUGAGGACUACGAGGUGACUGGGGGUCGGGAGGAGGAGGCGGCGGUGGAUUUGAAGGAAGUAAAUGAUGUCGGGGAGCAGGAUUCAAGUUUCCGGCUGAAUCAUCCUCGCCAGCUAUAUUGUGGUGCGCCCGACGAGGCCCAGGCACCCGGCCGGAUGCCUAUCCUGAUGAUCGGUCCAUGUCUCGCCCAUACUGCGGUUGGCUCAUCCAAGAGUCGAUAUCAAAGUCGACGAACUUCUGUUUCGUUUCCUACCAAGAGGCUGACGUCUCCAAAAUCUACUCCAAACACGGCGCUCACUGGCAUGCAAGCUUUGCACUCCGUCGGUCGACAGCUCUGUGGGAGCGACCUUCAAGAACUGCAAAAGUGGCGGACCAAAAUCAACAAGUCCAAAGGAAAAAGAAAGAAAGAGGAGAAAAUGACAAGAAAGGACAAGAUCCAAGGAGAUUUGGGUAGAACUGGUCUUCCCUAG